AUGGAAGAAAAACCCACUACCGGUAAUGCUAAGAAAGAACUCAACACAAUGGAAGAAAUAUUUAAGAGUUAUUUUCAAGCCAUUGGAUGCUUCGACUAUCCAGCAGCCACAAAGGUGGCAGGGAGAAUGUCAAAGAUAAACCCAGGGGCAAGCACAAUUCUUACGGCAUUAUCACGUUGUGAACAGAGUUAUACUUCGUUGGAUUCACUAAAGUCAAAAUUAUGGCGAAGCAAAGAUGUAAGCUUUUAUCACGAAUUGAUUGACGUUGUAGCAAAUCUUGAGAUUGACGCACAAAAGUUCCUUGAUUUGCUGUAUUCUGAUGCAGUUAAGGAUAUACAUGCGAAGGUAUCUGCCCAAAUAGCUGGGGCACCCGCUCAGUCCGACGCUAUCUACAUGAUCGAUGUCUGCAGAGCACUGGGUUGCUUUGCAAAGUGUAGACAGAACAUGAAUGAAGUUUAUCGAUUAAUACAGAAUCAUCAAUAUCUUGACGAUGUUACGCCUAUUCUCGAGAAGAUUAAAAUAAUUGGAGAAGAAGUUAGAAAGGAACCAUUCUUGAAAAAAUUGGGCAUAUUAGUGACUGGACUCAAUUAUGAAAUUGCAAUAAUGGAAUCGUUACUCGCUGCGCAGAAAGGAAUAACAUCUUACAACUUUAAGGAUACCAUAGUAAACCUCUACACAGCCAAGAUGAAUUUGUCGGCGUGGAGAGAACUAUAUUCUAGCCAGGAGUAUGCAGAGAAAUCUCCAAACAAGGCGGAGGACGUUUCACGUGGACUUUUCACCUGGAUUAUCUUCGAGAGGAAUUCCAGACCUGUCAAACGAAACAGCGGUUCUCCUAAUCUAGUGCAAUGGAUGAACAGAUUCCAUGGCGAUCUGACUGCAAAAGCGACUUUAUAUUUUAUGCAAGUUUUGAUAGAUAGUGAUAGAGGAGGUCUAGGCCAAAUGUGGCAGCGUGUUGAAGUUGAUUAUCAUGGGGAGAUAACAAAUUUCAGAAGGACAUCCAACGCCUUGUGUGUUGCUUUAGUGUAUGAAAUAACGGAUGACGCUCCAUUUUAUGUAUAUGGAUAUAUCUGCGAAGGAGAGAAACCAGCAGACUUGGAUUCUGACAUGGAUCGAUUUCGAUGUAUUUAUAGCUAUCCCAAGGACCAAAUAGCUCACUCUAAGGAUGAUAAACUUUGGUCUAGCAUGAUCUCUAAGUUAUCGCAAGCGGAUCGCAAGCCAUCAGUAUCACCGCAAAGACCGAUUCCAAUAUAUGAAACUGAUAAAGAAUUGAAAACCACUUAUUAUUUUUUAAGAAUUGAUAUUCGUGUGAGACUAGCCGUCAUUCAUUCAACUGUGCAUACAGGUCUAGAUGCUCAAACGUCAGAAUUCAUGACACAAAUCGGGACUAGAUUGAGUAAUACGUAUAAUCUACAAUCUUUGGGUAAUUUCAGUGAACAAGCAACGUAA